UCAACAUGUCGGACAACGAGGACCUUUUGGGAGAGGAUUUAGGAGAUCACAGUCUUGCGGACUACAACCUCGGUAACGAAGAAGAAGAACAGCUUCUCGCUGAUGAUUAUGAUACUGGUGCACCACAAAAUGUACCAAGUUCACACGGACCUGCAUACAGGGAGCCAGUCAGUGUUGUACCUAAUGAGUUCCCUUCUCAAGCUAUGGAAUAUAGUCAGCCAGCACACACUGCGGAAGCAGAAUGUGUGGUACCAAACAUAACUGUGGAGGUACCGAAUGUGUCACACAGACCUCACUCCACAUAUGCUCCUUAUGAACCACCAGUGUAUGAUGAAUCAGCGGUAGUUCCACCACCUAUUCCUGCAGCGCCAAUGGAGUCACCACAAAUAGUACCAUCAGAAGUACCCAGUGUUUCAAAUGGUGAGCCUGGUCGGAACAGAUUUAUAUCAGAAAGGACUGGACCAGUGAGGACUCCACAACAAAGAAACAUACCAGACUCUUUGGACAAAGUGAUAGUGCCAGGUGGUAUGCCUGGUGCAGUCCGGGGCCGCAACUCUUGGCGACACCCGCAGUACCGGGCACCUCAUCCCUACCGGAGACAAAACUUCCGUGGAAAUUUCUCAACUCGUCACUCAUUCCCGCCGCCACAGCGGCCGCCUCUCGACCCGCAGCCUGAGCUCGGGCCGGAAAUUCCGCAAAUGGGCCCCGAGAUAUCUCCGGAAAGACCAAUACUGCCCCAAGAUAUGCCCCUGAUGCCCCUAGAGAACCGCCCCUUCGGUCAGGGCCCACCGAGAUUCCCGUACCGCAACGAGGAACCAAACUUCCAGAAUGUUCGGCCGAAUUUCGAACGACCAAUGUUCUAUCAGAGACCAGCUUUUAACCCGAGAUUUGCCCCGCCGGUUCGAGAGAUAGCGCCCCCGAGUUUGCCCCAAAUUACAAUACCAGCGGGUAUCCCCAUGAUGCCCAAAGGCAGGGAGCCGGAAGUGAGGAUGUUGCCAGUCCAGUUGCCCCCGAAUUUGCCCCCUGGGGGACUCGCCGGGAAGAAAGUGUUGAUCAAUCCCCAUUUCAAGGGGAAUUUCCAGCCUCCAAUUGAAGGGCUACCAGCGUACAUACCGACCAGAAUACAAAAAACUCCGCCGCUCAGUCCCACGUUGGAGAGCAAAUUCGGACCAAUCAAAGACAUAGACGAUGCUGCAGAGCGGUUCAUUGCAGAACAGAGAAACGCGCUAGCCCGAGCCGCUGGCAGAAAAUACGCGAGACGGUCACCUCAGAGAUACAUAGAAAACACGACGAUCGAGAUAGAGAACGAUCUCGCGCGGCGCGACGACGACGAGCUGCUGCGCCGCCAGGAGGAGUUUAUCAACGCCAACCGCGCCGGCCUCCGACGACGAAUGCGGUCUCCGACACCGCCGCCGCGCCGCUCGCCGAGCCCGCGCCGCGCGCGCCCGCCACCGCCGACGCACACGCACGCCCCCAGUGACGAGGACAGCGAGUACCGACGUCGUGUUCGCGAGCAGGAGAACAUGCGCGAGCGAGUGUUGCGCGCCAAGGAGGUCAGACGCAGGAAGAACGCCGUAGCGCUGCAGAAACAGCUGCAGGACAGAGAGAAAGAACAAGAAAAGGAGUUGACCAUAGAGAAAGCAAGAGAAAGUCCACCAAAAGUAAAAGAGGAAAUAAAACCUACGACCACACACGAACAAGACGUGAAACCCGAUACCACACGUAACACGCCCGAGAGGAGUGUGAAAGAGACGCCAAAACAGAAAGAGAUAGAGAAACCCAAGGAGAAGGAAGUAGAGAAAGUGAGAGAACGAUCUCCCGUCUCACGCAAGGUGGAGAGUGCUGAAGCUAAUUCUACAUGUGAUGGACUGACGCCGCCGCGGGAGACGCUGACGCCGCCCCUAGACGACGAUGACUUGGACCUCAUACUGGGCGACAUCGACGGCAUACUGUCCGAGGAUGACGAGCCCACCCCUCAGAAGCCAAAACCUAAGAACGAAACGAAACCUGCGGCGGAUCUACGCUCCAAGCUGCCCCCCAAAAUCAUCAAAACUACCACCACGAUAGAAAAGAAACCCCAGCAGAGACAGAAAAUUGUCUUCAAUGACGACAAGGACAAAAAGAAAAAAGAGAAAUCUCCUAUUCGACGAACAGUCUCUACAAUUAGCAAGAAUCAUGAUGAUGACAAAGAAAAAGCGUCAAAGACAAAAGAAAGUGUAACUAACACACCACCAGCUAAAUCGAGACAGAAAAUAAUUUUUAAUAAACAGAGCGAGAAAGAGACAGAGGAGAAAAAGCAGACGUUCGCGAACAGACGCGUGAUACUGCAGCGUAAGACGAACAAGGAGAAAAUAUUCCGAGUGGAAAAGACUGACCCGACUCGACCCCACCCGGGCAUAUUCAGUCGCGCAGUCACAGCCAUAGUAGACGUCAAAAACGAGCCGCAAGUCGAGUACGACAGCGGUUCGGACGACGACAAUUCGCCCGCGGGCAAAAAGUCCCCCGUGGCCAAACAUGUGGCCCUCGUCACUAAUCUGCCGCACGGCAUGACCGACACCCGACUGACCACGUUGGCCGGCAACGAAGUGCAGAGUUUAAGUUUGGAUAAGGAGGAACGCAGCGCUAAAAUAACGUUCAAAACCGCCAGCGCCGCUGAAAAUUUCAGGAAGAAAUUCAACAAUAAGAUGGUCGCCGCUAGCCGACUCACCGUCAACUUGAAAUAGAUGUAGAAUAUAAGCCUGUAUCUGAUAUAUUUUUCUUUUGAAUAUACCGUUGGUAAAAAUUGAGAAACUAAUAUUUUCUGUAUGUAAGUAAAAGGAAAGAAUGGUAGUUAAAUUACAUGUAAUAGUUACCUUUAACAAACCUUUGCUUGAGGCUUACUUACCUACAUAUUAUGCACUCAUAUUUGUAUGAGGCAAUAUCUCUUUGGAAGUUUGUAAUUAAACAAACAUGUUAACAUAUUUUCUGGUGCAUAAAAUAUAUGCA